AUGCGAGUGUGGCUUGACUUUGCCACGCGGUCGGCGCAGCUCGAGUCGGUCGCAUGGAACAGCUGCGAGUACUUUGGUGAACACAAGAAGUGCGCUCCACGGGUCCUUCGCGCCUGCAUUCUCGCGGGUGUCCCCAGCAUCAACACCCGCGGCGUCUCCGCGUUGGCCAAGAGCUUGCACAAGACCCAUGCCCGUGUUGGCUUCCAGCUCGACCUCUCCAACAAUCCGUUUCGCCUCAGUGGCGUCCGUGUACUGCUCACAGCGAUCGCGACGUGUACCAAUGAGACAAUCAAGCUGCCACUCGAGUGUCAAGAGUCAGUGGAGAGCAGUACGCCGCAUAUCAAGAAAGUGAGAGCCGCCGGCGUCACCAUCGACGUGUUGGAUCGUGACAUUUACAUUCGCAGCCGCACCUUGGCGUAAGCGUCGACGCGUUUUGAUUCCUCGUCUUCGGUUCAAAACCACACCUCCUCUUCGAUAUAAGUAGGAUCGACAAAUAGGGAAAAUGAAG